AUCGAUAAGGCUAUUGCUGCAGCAGCUGCAGCUGCUGUUACGCCGGCCGAAAUGAUGCGUCCGCAUCAGCAUGGCACGCCAAACGCCUUUUCGCGACAACGCUACAGGUGGAUCGAUGACACGCGUAAACCUGCCCAGAACGCACCCCUCACCCCUCCCCCUCUCUCCCAGCAUCCGCGCCUUCACGCCCCGGCCUGGUAG